AUGGCUAUUGAAGUUCUUCCCUUGCCUUUGCCUCCCUCUGCAGAUGCCUCAAAAUUCAAGGAAUUUGGCCGUGAGGUGAAAGGUGUUGAUGUAGGAAAUCUUACGCCUGAACAAUUCAAAGAGAUCGAAGAAUUGCUCUACAAGGUUGGUGGCCUGGGGUACAACGCUCUCCUGUUUCGCAACACUAGCCUCUCCCCCGAACAGCAAUACCGACUAACUAAGGCGUUUGAUCCUACCUCGGAAAGCUACGGCCAUGGGAACAACAAGACGGGCAAUACGAAAAAGUCUGUGUUACAUCCGGAUCUUAAGACCAUCCCUCGUGUCCCUCAGGUGCAGCUUAUCGGAAAUGGAACCGUGUAUGAUCAUGAGGGACUCGCCGAGGCGAAAUUGAAGCAUCCUCACCACCGUACCUUCCACAAAACCGCUAUCCCGGACGAAGAAGAUCUCAAAUACACACGUUUCUACCGGUGGCACAUUGAUGCAGCUCUCUACGACCUUUCCCCACCAAAGGUCACUACGCUGUAUGCCAUCAACGUUCCAGCUGGUGAACACCAAACGUGUCGCUACGAUGAUGGCACUGGUGACGAGCUUUCUGUACCAUUGGGGACCACCGCUUUUGUUUCGGGGGCUACAAUGUUUGACAUCUUGCCUUCUCAUCUCAAAUCACUUGCUGUUCGCUCAAAAGUGAGGUACGCUCCCCAUCCUUAUGUGUGGAUGGCGCCUGCGCACGCGAUGCCCACUGGACUCGGAAUUGAGAGCGAAGGAUUGGAGCUACCGUUGAAUGAACUGCCUCCUUGGGAGAAGGAGAAGAUCAAGGUUUUCCCAGUGCUCUGGAAGAAUCCUGUCACUGGAGGGCUUCACUUCCAGGUCCACCCCUGCGGUGUAGCCGCCCUUAUCGUGGAUCCACUCCCGGAAGGAGCCGCUCGUGAAGGAGCACUCUAUCCCGAUGGUGCGGAACUUACCGACCUGAGGCAGGUUCGGGAGUUACUCUAUAGUAUGCAACGGCCUGCGAUCGCUCCUUCGCUCGUGUAUCCCCAUGAUUGGAGCGAGAAAGAUUUGGUUAUUUUCCACAAUCGUGGAGUUCUACACUCAGUAGUCGGAGCAUUUGCACCUGAUCAAGUUCGAGCAUUCCAUCAGUGCAAUCUGGCUGCAUCUGAGGACCCUAUCGGCCCCAGCGCCGAAGACGUGAAGAAAUCAAAAAAUUUUCUUCAAGGAAAUGCUGUGAGGUUUGCCCGGUUCAUCCACUCGACCUCGAAUGUGCCAAAUCAAUCGGACAAGCCUCGCCGAGCACCUCGCGCAUUGGACCUUGACGGUAUUUCGCUGGACCGAAUCACAAGUCCAGGAGGCAGAAGCAAAAAUUUUAAUCCUACGUUCAAGGACAUGGGAAGAACAGGAGAUCAUGUCGAUCAGCUCUUGUCCACUCGUCUGCACCGACGCCUCCCCGAAUCACAGCGCCAGCCUCAUGUCCAGAUGAGCGAACUCCGUCCAAUUCGUCUUAAACAAAAGGAAAGGAGUUCAAGUCCUCGAUCACCGACCAACAGACCAGGUCCCUUCCGCGGGAACAGAGCUAGGGUACCUCAAAAGACGAAUCGUUUACUUCGCCCCAAAGGCUCGACCGCUAGAAUGGAUCAAACCCAGCCUACGGAGCCCGAGGUGCCCUUAACUCCUGCAGAACUUCCGCCCAGGAGAUAUAGCCUUACCAGUCUAACCGUACUUACAACUCGGCCUCCAUCCCUAUCAACAAAGGGUGGAACUCACUCUGACCCCGUCCAACGUAUACGCGAGGCCAUCGGCGGGGACUAUUCUCAAUGGAUGCCAAAAGAAGAUGUCGGUGCAGCUGGGAAAGCAGAUGCUACAACUAUCGAGCGCGCACGUCUGGCUCUGGCAUUCAACCCGACAGUUCAGCCGGGGGACAGAAAGAAGUUGAUCGAUACUGCCCAAAUGCUGCUAAGCAAGGGACGCCCGUCUAACUCUGUGACACCUGCUUAG